AUGUCUUGGAUUCGAUCGAUACCCAUCUUUCAUCUUCUGCUCGUUUGCUUGCUCGCCGGAGACCUCGGCUUUCACAUCUUCGCAGAUGCUAAUGCUAUAGAUUGCAGCCACGCGUGUGAAACACAAGGCUCUGGUUCAAGCUAUGUCACGAAUUAUUGCACAAACUGUAGAAGGGGUGAUCGGUUAUUACCCUCUGGUAAGGACUGUGUUGACCAAAGUGGAAAGCUAAUGAAUGGGGGGGACUUAUGGGCUUGCGACAUUGUAUUCGAGCCCUUCACAGAAUACCGCAAAGACGGCAGACAAUUCUAUUGCAAUCAAUCUGAAAGGACUGGCUUGUUCUUUUGCAAGACUAUGAAUAAGUUUCUACAAUGUCCCAAGUCACAGUGCUCCACGACACCUUGA